AAUCCAACGGCUGUAGUUGGACUUCAGCCACCACAUUUGCACUCAGCCGUUUGCCUGCCUAGGCGAUGCCGCAUUUGUUUGCGAGACUUUGGCCCUUAGUCUUGAGCGUAUAGUUGUGUUCUUCAAGUCUAAGUUGUGGGUCGUUUAUCUCUCUCCGACUAUUUUCAUCUCUGCGAGUCUCUCUUGAUUUCUUUCUUUCUAUCUACCAUGAUCCAUUGAACCCAGAGGCCAGCAGCAAAUCACAUUCUCUCAGAUACCCAUUGUUACACAUCCUAGCUCUGAUAAGGGACGCAAUGUCGGUACCUCCAUGGCUAGAGCCACUGCUGACCACUUCUUUUUUUUCCGUGUGCCGGGUCCACGGAGAUGCUGCAAGGAGUGAAUGCAACAUGUUUUGUUUAGACUGCAAUGGCGCCUAUGCAUUUUGCUUUUAUUGCCGUUCUUCACGGCACAAGGAUCAUCAAGUCAUUCAGAUAAGGCGAUCUUCAUACCAUGAUGUGGUAAGGGUCGCAGAGAUUCAAAAGUUACUGGAUAUAAGUGGAGUUCAGACAUAUGUGAUAAAUAGUGCCAGAGUUUUGUUUCUGAAUGAGAGACCUCAGCCAAAAGCUGCGAAAGGGGUUGCCCACAUAUGUGAAAUCUGUGGGAGGAGCCUCUUGGACCCAUUUCGUUUCUGUUCACUUGGUUGUAAGCUUGUGGGAAUAAAGAGAAAUGGGGAUGCAAGCUUCAAGUUAGAGGCUAUGAACGAAGAGCUAGUAAUGGAAAGAAGGGAAGGGAUGAUGAUACAAAGGAGACCAAUGUCAUCAAGAGAAGAAGAAGAAGAAUUGCGUGGAGGAGCACAACAAGACAUUUACCCGUCCACGCCUCCUCCACCUCCUUCUACUGCAAGGAGAAGAAAAGGCAUUCCUCACAGGGCUCCCUUUGGAUCCUAAUUAAUAUUCCUUUUUUAUUUUUAAUCAACCUGAUCUCAUCAUCAAACUUAUCUUGCACGACCUUAAACUUACCCUUAAUUUGGGGGGUAUUUGUCCUGAGAAAAAAUGAGGGUAGCCUUCGGGUUGUCCAAAAGACAAUAAAAGGUGUGCAAGAAAGUUCUCUUUAGAAGGGAGGAGAUGGGUCCCAGACAACAAAUUCUCUCUUGUAAACAAGGCAAUAAUUCAUAAUUGUUA